AUGAGGAAAGUUCUCUGGAUUCUCUUGGUCUUCCUCCUUUCCUAUUGGACGAUCUUCCAGAAUGCUGCGUCAGUGAGCAGUCCAGAAUUAUCUGAGAUAACCUUCCAGGAUAUUAAAGAUGCCAUCGAUAAGACAAAGGAAAUAGAUUCAAAAGUCUCUCGACUGGAAGAAGAGGUGUCCACCCUUCGAAACUACGUGCCCAGCGUCAUUUUCCAUGCACAGGUUUCCGAAGGUGGCAACCCAGUCGGCCCGACAAAGCUCAUUUACGACCGGGUUGAUAUCAACAACGGCCAAGCAUACGACGCCAGCUCUGGGAACUUCAUCGCCCCCAUGAAUGGGAUCUUCUACUUCUCCUACUCCCUGCUCGGCCAGAAACAGUCCCUGGACUCCAUGGUGCAGCUAAUGAAGAAUGGGGUGGCUCAGAGCUACAUCCAUAGCAUAUUGCAGCAUGGCCAGGCACAAACUGCUUCUAUGUCCAUCAUCCUGCCCCUUGUCAGGGGAGACAUCGUGUGGGUGGAGCUGCUGCAGGGAAUCACUUGGAGUGAAAUGAGUUCUAUGUACUUCCAGGGCUUUCUCUUACAGAGAACUUGAAGUCCCACUGUUGGUUGGGUAUACAGGGUCCCACCAGGCCCAUUGGCAACCCUUUCCUUCCAUCUGAC